GCAAAGUGAAACUCCUGGAAGUUGGGGCGCGAGAGCCGUCGCGGGCGGCGCGCUCGGGUCGGACUCGGCGGGUCCCCGCCGCAGCCUCCGGCGCCCAUGGCCCUGAGCAAAGGGCUGCGGCUGUUCGGGCGCCUGGAGGCGGCGGGGGAGAGCAGCGUCCUGCUGGAGGCGCGCGGCCGCGGCGACUGCCUGCUCUUCGAGGCCGGCACGGUGGCCACGCUGGCUCCGGAAGAAAAGGAAGUCAUUAAGGGACAGUACGGCAAGCUCGCGGAUGCUUACGGCUGCCUGGGGGAGCUCAGGUUGAAAUCUGGGGGCACUUCCCUGAGCUUCCUGGUGUUGGUGACCGGCUGCACAUCAGUGGGCAGGAUUCCAGAUGCCGAAAUCUACAAGAUCACCGCCACCGACUUUUACCCGCUUCAGGAGGAGGCCAAGGAGGAGGACCGCCUCGCAGCCUUGAGGAAAAUCCUCAGCUCCGGGCUGUUCUAUUUCUCGUGGCCCAACGACGGAUCCCGCUUCGACCUGACCGUGCGGACGCAGAAGCAGGGCGAUGCCAGCUCCGAGUGGGGCAGCUCCUUCUUCUGGAACCAGCUGUUGCACGUGCCCUUGAGGCAGCACCAGGUGAGCUGCUGUGACUGGCUGCUGAAGGUCAUCUGCGGGGUGGUGGCCAUCCGCACCGUGUAUGCCUCGCACAAGCAGGCCAAGGCCUGCCUCAUCUCUCGCAUCAGCUGCGAGCGCGCCGGCGCCCGCUUCCACACCCGCGGUGUGAACGACGAUGGCCACGUGUCCAACUUCGUGGAGACAGAGCAGACGAUCUACAUGGAUGAUGGAGUGUCGUCUUUUGUCCAGAUCAGAGGCUCCGUUCCGCUGUUUUGGGAGCAGCCAGGGCUUCAGGUCGGCUCCCACCAUCUGAGACUGCACAGAGGCCUGGAAGCCAGCGCCCCUGCUUUUGACAGGCACAUGGUGCUUCUGAAGGAGCAGUACGGACAGCAGGUGGUUGUGAACCUGCUGGGAAGCAGAGGUGGAGAGGAGGUGCUCAACAGAGCCUUCAAGAAGCUGCUCUGGGCUUCCUGCCACGCCAGCGACACGCCUAUGAUAAACUUUGACUUCCAUCAGUUUGCCAAAGGCGGGAAGCUCGAGAAAUUGGAGAACCUGCUGAGGCCUCAGUUACAGCUGCACUGGGAGGACCUGGACGUGUUCACGAAGGGCGAGAAUGUAAGUCCACGUUUUCAGAAGGGUACCGUGCGGAUGAACUGUCUUGACUGCCUGGACCGAACCAACACCGUGCAGGGCUUCAUCGCGCUGGAGGUCCUUCACCUGCAGCUCAAGAGCCUGGGGCUGAGUUCAAAGCCCAUCGUCGACCGCUUCGUGGAGUCCUUCAGAGCCAUGUGGUCUCUGAACGGGCACAGCCUGAGCAAAGUGUUCACGGGCAGCAGGGCCCUGGAAGGGAAGGCCAAGGUGGGGAAGCUGAAGGACGGGGCCCGGUCCAUGUCCCGCACCAUCCAGUCCAACUUCUUUGACGGGGUGAAGCAGGAGGCCAUCAGGCUGCUGCUGGUGGGGGACGUGUGCGGCGAGGAGGCGGCGGACAAAGGGAGGAUGCUGCUGGACAACACGGCCCUGCUGGUGACUCCCAGGAUCCUGAAAGCUAUGACGGAGCGCCAGUCUGAAUUCACAAAUCUCAAACGCGUCCGCAUCGCCAUGGGGACGUGGAACGUGAACGGGGGAAAGCAGUUCCGGAGCAACCUCCUGGGGACGGCGGAGCUGACAGACUGGCUGCUCGACGCGCCCCAGCUGGCCGGCGCCGCGGGGCCCCAGGACGACAGCAGCCCGGCUGACAUAUUUGCUGUGGGGUUUGAAGAGAUGGUGGAGUUGAGUGCAGGGAAUAUCGUCAAUGCCAGCACCACCAACAGGAAGAUGUGGGGUGAGCAGCUUCAGAAAGCCAUCUCACGCUCCCAUAGGUACAUUCUCUUGACUUCGGCACAGCUGGUGGGCGUCUGUCUUUAUAUCUUUGUACGUCCAUACCAUGUCCCGUUCAUCAGGGACGUGGCGAUCGACACGGUGAAGACGGGCAUGGGCGGCAAGGCGGGCAACAAAGGCGCCGUGGGCAUCCGCUUCCAGUUCCACAGCACCAGCUUCUGCUUCCUGUGCAGCCACCUGACCGCCGGCCAGUCCCAGGUGAAGGAGAGGAACGAGGACUACAGGGAGAUCACGCAGAAGCUCUGCUUCCCCACGGGGAGAAACAUCUUCUCUCACGAUUAUGUGUUUUGGUGUGGCGAUUUCAACUACCGCAUCGAUCUUACUUACGAAGAAGUCUUCUAUUUUGUUAAACGCCAAGACUGGAAGAAACUUCUGGAAUUUGAUCAACUACAGCUACAAAAAUCAAGUGGAAAAAUUUUUAAGGACUUUCAUGAAGGAACCAUUAAUUUUGGGCCCACCUACAAGUAUGAUGUUGGCUCGGCUGCCUACGAUACAAGUGACAAAUGCCGCACCCCAGCCUGGACAGACAGGGUUCUGUGGUGGAGGAAGAAGCAUCCUUUCGAUAAGACAGCUGGAGAACUCGGCCUUCUAGACAACGAUCUAGAUGUUGACACCAAAGUGAGACACACCUGGUCCCCUGGCGCCCUCAGGUAUUAUGGCCGCGCGGAGCUACAAGCGUCUGAUCACAGACCCGUGCUGGCCGUCGUGGAGGUGGAAGUACAAGAAGUCGACGCAGGUGCUCGAGAGAGGGUUUUCCAGGAAGUGUCCUCUUUCCAGGGCCCCCUGGAUGCCACCGUCGUAGUAAAUCUUCAGUCGCCAACCUCAGAAGAGAAAAACGAGUUUCCUGAGGACCUGCGUACCGAACUCAUGCAGACACUGGGGAAUUACGGGACAAUUGUCCUCGUCAGGAUCAACCAAGGGCAGAUGCUGGUGACUUUUGCAGACAGCCACUCGGCUCUCAGCGUCCUGGAUGUGGACGGCAUGAAGGUGAAAGGCAGAGCCGUGAAGAUUAGACCAAAGACAAAGGACUGGCUGAAAGGCUUGCGUGAGGAGAUCAUUCAGAAGCGGGACAGCAUGGCCCCCGUGUCUCCCACCGCCAACUCCCGUUUGCUGGAGGAGAACUUCGACUUCACGAGUCUGGACUACGAGUCAGAAGGGGAUAUUUUUGAAGAGGACGAAGACGACUUGGUGGAUGAAUUCAGCCAGCCUGUGGUCUCAGACGGCGAACUGGGGGGAGACGACCUUCCUGGUGCCCCUGGCUCCACGGCAGUGGCUCCCGCCAGCGCGUCUCCUGCGCUCACCAAAAAGAAGCAGUGUCCCACGUACAAAGAUGACGCGGACCUGGUGGAGUUAAAGCAGGAGCUGGAAGCAGUUGGGGAUUUCCGCCACCGUUCUCCAAGCAGGUCUCUGUCGGUCCCCAACAGGCCUCGGCCACCUCACCCACCGCAGAGACCCCCCCCUCCAACCGGUUUGCUGGUGAAAAAGUCGGCUUCAGACGCGUCCAUCUCCUGCGGCACCCACGGGCAGUAUUCAAUUUUGCAGACGGCGAAACUCCUGCCGGGAGCGCCGCAGCAACCGCCCAAAGCUAGGACUGGAAUAAGUAAGCCUUAUAACGUGAAGCAGAUCAAAACCACCAACGCUCAGGAGGCAGAAGCAGCGAUUCGGUGUCUGCUGGAAGCCAAAGGAGGCGCCCCAGAAGAAGCCCUAAAUGCCAUGGCCUUGAGGAACAAGGGAUCUUCCGCACCGGAGCCCACAGCAGGGGUGGCCAAGUCGGAGACUCCGCAGGUCCCCCCACUCGUGCCCCGGCGGCCUGCGCCCAGAGUUCCCGCCAUCAAGAAGCCAACCUUGAGAAGGACAGGAAAGCCCCCGUCACCGGACGAACAGUUUGAGCUGCAGACUGUCCAUUUUCCAGUUGGGCCCCUGGAGACAACCCUCGAAACCCCUCUUCUAGCCACAGUCCCUCGAGUCCCUCCUGUUCCCAAACCAAGAACAUCUCAGCCUGGGAAAGGUGCAGAGAGGAGACCAGACAGUGGGAUGCCAGCACCAGACGAAGCCCCUCCCAUGGCAGGAGCCACUAUGCUACCACCUCCGGAGGUUCCAUCUCUUGUGCCCAAGGUCCCCCCAAGGAGGAAGAAGUCAGCGCCUGCAGCCUUCCACCUGCAGGUCCUGCAGAGCAACAGUGAGCUUCUCCAGGGUCUCACUUGCAGCGGUGGCGGUGGUGGCAGCGGCUGUCCCUCUGGACCUCGGCCUGACGUGGGCACUCUCUUUCCACCAGUGGAUUUUCUUGGCACUUCAUCUGCUACAAGCCCUGAAAGUGAUGGCACCAAAGUGCUGAAGUCAGAGACAGCCUCCGUUACUGGGAAUUGUCAGGAUCCCUUCUGGAGCCUUCUCCACCAUCCUAAACUGUUGAAUAAUGCCUGGCUCUCCAAGAGCUCUGACCCCUUGGACUCGGGGACCAGGAGCCCCGACAAGGCACACACAGACCCAGCGCAAGUCAGUGCUUCAGCUGCCGAGGUGGAGCUGCCAUCAGACCGUGGGCAAAAAAACUUCAGUCACUGGAUGACAAUCAGUGACAAAGACAAGAGGAUGGUGUUGCAGGUGUUCGACCCACUGGCAAAAACAUGACUGCGUUACGCAGAAGGCCACUUUCUUGUAGAAUGUGUACCUUCCUCCUACAGGCAUGACUUGCCCGGGUCGAAAGAGACAUCUAUUUAAAGGCACACUG